AUGUUUAAGCCAAAAAUUAUUUCGCUAUUAGUAUGUAUCUGUUUUGCACUAUUGGUUCAAUUUCAUACCAGUGCCGGUAAAGAGUCAGAGAGCUCGACUGCAUCGCCGACACCUCAAUCGUUUUGUGGCUUCCGUAAGAUUUUGAGGACACCGAAAAUCAUUAACGGAAAGGACGCCUAUCACGGACAGUAUCCGUGGGCCAUAUCGCUACGUCUUCAUCGGCGUCACCAUUGCGGAGGUGCCCUACUUGAUCAUCAAUGGGUACUGACUGCAGCACACUGUGUCUCGCAAAUCUCGCACAGGGCUUUCACAGUCAAACUUGGCGGUCACUAUCGAAAUAACGAACUGGACUCGACAUCAAUUGAAGUUCCCGUCAAUAAGGUUAUCCCACACGAAGGGUUUAGUUUCUCAAGUUUUGCAAACGAUAUAGCACUGGUCAGACUGGCCCGUACCGUUGACUUCGGCAACUAUAUAUGGCCAGUAUGUUUGCCGCAGACCAACGAUGUUGACUAUGCCAAUCAAACUGGUGUUGUUAUUGGUUGGGGCAAAAUCAAUACGUCUGGUACAUCAGCCACACAACUACAACAAGUGGAACUGCCUAUUAUUGAUAAUCCUCAGUGCAUCCGGUGGUAUGAAUCUCAAGGAAAACUCAUUCCUAUCAGAUCCAGUCAGUUUUGUGCCGGACUAGAAGAGGGAGGUAAGGAUGCCUGUCAAGGAGACUCGGGUUCACCAAUGAUGAAAGUCGACCCAAACAAUGGCCAAGCAAUAGCAAUUGGUAUUGUUAGCGCCGGCAUUGGAUGCGCACUGCCUAAACUGCCCGGACUUUACACAAGAGUUGCCUCCUAUUUACCAUGGCUUCAAAAAGUCAUGUCCACUACACCGGUAGACAAACUGCCUCCACUAUCAACUUCAACAACAACUACCAGUUCAACUACUGAGCCAAACAAAGUGCAUUUACCACCAAACACACAGAUUCAUACCAUUCCCAGUGGUAAUGGAUCUAUUUUCGUGAUAAGUCUACAAAAUCUAACUCAACCUAGUCGUCCAACUGAUACAYCAAUUAAACCAAUAACUUUGCAAACUGUUUCAAACACUACUAGCAAUUGA